AUGGAUGGCAAGGCGACGCUGCUUCUUGGUGGACUUGCGAUCCUACUUAUCCUGGAAACCAAAGUGCCUGGGGUCCUGGUGGAGUUUCAGGUGGUGAUACCUGGUGGUGGAACAAUGGGGCUCCUGCUGGUGGGUUUGAUGACAUGGCGCACUGUCAAAUACCUGGUGAUCAUGAUCAUGAUUCUGACUUGGGUCACCCGGCCUGGGACUACGCAGCCUGGUAUCGUGCAGAAGAAGAAGUCGCUGCUCAAGCUGACCAGGCUGCUCAGAUGGCCGCUCAGAUUCGAACGCAUGGCGGCCGCAGACGUUGAGAGCAAGGUCAAUUCACGGACGUUGGUGGACAUAGAGGGGUUGACAUUGCCAACGCCGCCUGGCUUGCGUGCGCAGCUCAACGUCAUGGACGACGAGUUCGAACGCAUGUCGACCGCAGACGUUGAGAGCAAGGUAAAUUCACGGACCUUGGUGGACAUAGAGGGAUUGACAUUGCCAACGCCACCGCCUGGCCUGCGUGCGCGGCACAAGAAGUUCAUUCCAGAACCUAGUGACAUGGCUGGGCAAGAACUCCGACGUUUGCGGGACAAGAAGAAUGCGCGUGAGGCAGACCAGUCUACGGAGACCCGCGAGGCCAACAUCAUUGGGGAGACCAUUCGAGCGAUGCACACGCUCAGCAUCCAGCAUGGCAGCCUCAAGACCUACCUCAACAAGGAGUUAGACAGCUUCACUGCGAAGAAGGAGUUCCUUGAGUACCUCAAGCGAGUGUUCCCCGAGAAAGACGACGUUCACUACGAGCAUGGCGUGUUGGACCCGAUCCUGGAGAUGGAUAGGGCAGGGUCUUUGCCUCAAUGUGUGCAUGUCUCAGCGCUGAGCUUCCUGCCUGCAUGCAGCCUCAAGCCUCCGCCAGGCUGCGACGUCACAGAUCAAUUGGUCGGUGAGAUAUUCCAGGACGGCUUCGUAACGGCUUCGGACCCUUUGUUGGUUACUCAACCAGCUGAGCUUGCAAGUCUUAGCGAGGAUGACGAUGCGCGUGGCUUCUAUCUUGGCUAUGCCAAGGGUCAAGCCCGCGCUGUGGCCAUCUUAUCCAUCCUGCUCUACUUCAUGAAGAAUGAGUACGACCUCAAAGUGGUGCAUCUGAAGCUUUAUGAGAGCAUCCUCGCCAUCUAUGUGCAUUCCAUGAAAGUGAACUCCAAAGAAGAAGAGGCCCUUCUGAACAUGAAGCUCUCGUGCAGAGGUUCGAUCCGGCGUGCUAACAACAUCGUGGAAGUGGUCUUCAUGCUGCAGAACCUCUCGAACCGUUAUGGCAUGAGCGACUCAGCUGGCUUCCAGUUCCAGAUCACUGGGAAGAGGGCUGUGGCCUUGAAGCAGCUACUGGAGGUGGCACCCAAGAAAGCCCUCGAUUCCAUCUUGGCUCACGUGGGGAACCUGGGCUGGCAGCAGUGCGCGUGGUCCGAGGAGGUGCUGUCCAACAAGAAGAUCUACCCAAAGUUCAACUUCCCUUGCAAAUCUAAGAAGUGGAUCCCACGAGUGAGGACCACUGACGAGAGCCUCUGCUUGAUGAUCGAGCGGGUCCAGAACCUACAUGAAGCUCAGAACCAGAUGCUGCGCAUGAAGAUGACCCCGCAUGUGGCAGAGAUGAUGGCUGAGAGCGCAGCUGCUGUGCUUGCCAUUGCGCAGGAGAUCAGCUUGACCGCGCCGAUUGACGAUGCGAAGCUUCAAUCAUCAUGGGUGCGAGCAUGGGCUGAGGGCUCGGACCACGUGCACACGGAGAUCCAGAUGGGGCUGAUGGAGAAGAGCGACAGCUUCGACCCGGCAGUACACCUAUCAACGAUGAAGCGCCUACUGGACGAGCACAUUUUCCAGGCCCCCCUGGCGCCUGCAGAAGAGGUCAAGCGGUCCCUCGACGUGGACGAAUUCAACCUGGACAUGAAAAAACUAGAGUACGAUACUACGGUGUUCGAAAACUGGGAGAAGAAGUGCGAUAAUGAGCACAAGAUGAAGAUCAAGGGCCAAUGUAGGAAAGCAGCCGAGAAGUUCCUGAGUUCGUGCGUGAAGAUUUCAGUCCUGACGGGCAAGGUGGAGGAGUGCAUUGCAGACAUCAUUGCCUUCAAGCGCGACACGAUCCAGAAGAAGACUGGAAUCUCCAUGGACGGGCUGCCCACGCUUGUCAUGCUGAACUGGACCACCCCAUGCUCGUCUCACAAUGAGGAUUUCGACAAGCAGGCGAAGGUUCUCAACUGGAUCCUGCACGAGAAUAUCAAGAACGUCGCUUGUGUGCUUCUCCCGGUGUACUCGUACAACCGCGGGAAGCUGUACAUGGAGGAAGUGAAAGCAGUGAAGGCCAUUGGCGAUGCUGGGCACAACCCGGACAGCAGCUUCAGCCUGCUCUUCAAAGACCAAGUCGAUCCGAGGGACAGGCGGCCGAUGAGCUACCCUGGGAGGCUGGUGUUUCCAGCGGGGUGUUCAGAACUAAAGGACCACCCGUUCUUCACCUGCCAGCUGAGGGUCAUCGGGCGCACCAAGGAAGCGAACCAGAUUCCUGGCAAAAAGAUGAAGAUUAUCGAGGCGAGCAAGUGCCUCCUUGAGAGCCUCACAACUGGGGCAAACCUAGGAUCGCACAAGGCGUGUUUCAUUCUGGACCUCAAUAUCAAGUGCGGCGAAUUCCUGGAGUCCUUCAUCUCCCAGCGCAACGUCCUUUCCACCAGUUUCUUUUACAUGGGGAUUGCGGAGACGAUGCUGGAAUACACGUGGGUAAUCCAUUCGAUGCAGGAGCUCGCAGAAGAAAAAAUCAAGGACGGUUCCCUCGAGGUCCCAGGGCUCAAGAUGGACUCCAAACUCAACGACGACCUCCUGGAACCUUAUCCGGCUCUUCCAAAGAUGAAUAUGCUGGUGGUUAGCGGACCAGACAAGAACAAAUUGUUCAUCCCGGUCGAGGUGGUGAAGAAGUGGCAGAACCAUCCGCAGUUCGGGGGUCAGUUCAGCGAGUGGCUGGACAAGUUCACCAAGAAGCAUGGGGUCAUCGAGGACACGACCAAGGCACCUGGUGCUGGUGCUGGUGGUGCUGGAGUCCCCAAUCCCCUCAAGCGUGCAGCUGACGGUAACGAUGGGAUCCCCUCCCCAGCGAAGAAGCAGAAGGUUGCUGAUGUCUGCGUGGUGGACGCCUCCAGCAUCCCCCAUGCGCUCCUCUGGGAGGUAAAGGUCAACACAAGCGUCCAAGUCCAGCUUCAGAUCCGCGCUAACCACAACAUCUACCUCAUCAACAAGGAGUCCAAGGAUAUCAUCAUUGCAAUUCACACGAUGCUGGCGCAGUUCGGGAAGGGAAGCUUUAAGAUUCUCACACAAGAGGAGCUAGACAAGAAGAAACACCACCAGUGGGAGAUCAAGGACGAGAAGGAGCUGGUGGUGAUGAACAAUGUGGUGCAAACUGUGGGAGCAGCUAUGCAGGCUGUUGCCAAUGGGGUGCCGAAGCUCGCCUACCACAAGAUCACGAUCAACGACGCAGACCCGAAGUGCUUCACUGCUGAGCUCACUCACAAGAUUGCUUUCGUGGCUGCUGAAACUAGCUCAGAACAGGCUGCAGUCACCCCGGCCAACAUCGCAUCCAAGGAGCUCCCAAGUGUGUGGAUGAACGAGGGCACCAUAGUCAUGUGGAUGGUGCGCUGGAACUCGACCAAAGGAUUGAUGCCGAUCAAGCCUGCAGUCUACCUCAAGGGAAAUGUGACGCUGGGGGCGGGCAAGGCGAGCGAUGGCACAGCCGUGGGCUGCGGCUGCCCUGACAAUGGUGUGCUGGACAUCCCAGCGCUGCCGGACGGCCUCACCUACGCGGAGGUUGCCGCUGGGGCGCGCGAAUUGGCCAGCCCGGCCUGCGAAAUCCCAGCGUUGGUUGGAGUCCUGACCUACACUCAGGUCUCCGCUGGGACUUACCACGCGGUCCUGCUCAAGAACAAUGGUACUGCUGUGGCCUGUGGCGACAACGAGUUCGAACAAUGCGACAUCCCGAUGUUGGAUGGAAGCCUGACCUACACGCAAAUUGCGGCUGGAGGGCACCACGCAGCAGUCAUGCUCAUGAACGGUGGUACCGCUGUGGCUUGUAGCUCGAACGACAGCAGACAAUGCGACAUCCAGGCUUUGGACGGAGCCCUGGCCUACACAUCAGCGCUGGCUGGACUGGACCAGACAGUCCUGUCAAAGAGCAAUGGUGGCGCUCAUGUUUUUGGAUACAAUGCAGAGGGUCAGUGUGACAUUCCACUGUUGGGCGGUGGCCUGACAUCCACGGCGUCGCUGACAAAGCUGCCAAGCGACGCUCGUCAGCGGUUCAAUGCGUUUGUUUUCUGA